GGACAGAAGCCUGGCUUUUGGUGAGACAGUCUUCCCCUGCCCUCGGCCAGGCUCGGCCCCCAUGCUUCUGUGGCUGCUGCUGAUCCUGGGUGAGUAGAGCCCAGACUGGGCUGGGGGCCCAACGUUCCUAAUGCCAGCCGGGGCAACCCCGGGGCGGGGGGCCAAACCCCUGGGAGGCUUCUGUCUCCGCUCCCACCGGACUUCAGAGACACAGAGAGAGGCGCAAAACGAGUAGAGCUGGUGCCCAGGAAGACCCACAGGGUCCGGAGACCCCCAGAGCAAGCCAACUCCCGGACGACAGCCGGCAGGUCAGUCUUCCCUUCUCUCUUCCCCCUGCUCUCCGGGCACGGGUCCUCCCCCAUACAUGGGGGCUGCGGGGAGUGGGUCAACGUCAGCGGUGACACCUGUGACCAUGGCGGGCGCGCCGAGCCUCCUGUGGUCUCUCCAGCCUUCGGUUCUCUCCCCCCUCGCGUGAGUGAAAGAAGCAUUUGCAGAGGCAGGAGGCUAAUGCCCAGAACCUUCCACGCGUCUCCUCUCUUCCCUAAGGACCCCUUACCCCCACCCUGUAUGCUCAAGCCCGAGCCACCGUCAAAGGACAGAGAGAUAAAGUGCUGCAGCCUGUGUGGCUGUCCCGCUUCAGUUUCUGGUCCCGUUGGUCAGCUGCAGUUUUAUGCACAAAGACGAUUGCGCAGGCAGCCCGUGCCCCUCCAUUCCAAUUCUUCAUAUCCCUCCGUUUGGUAUUGUGUCUGACUUGGCUGGAGAGCGGACAGAAGUUGCCUUCCCCGUGAAAUCUCAAGGGAAGCAAGGUUUAAAAGUAACGAAAGUGGAAAAAAAUGUGUAUUAAUUAUGAGCAACCAAGUAGGAAGUGGUUUGUCAGAGUCUAGAAAGUGCUUCUGAGGCUCAUUCAGCCAGGCCCACCUGUGCCUUGGCAGGAAUGUCGAGGACAAGAGCAUCUCAGAAUCAGCCCGCCCCCAGAGGCCCGCACGGUGUCUGCCCAGCUGCCCGUCACAUCUCCGGAGCUUUUCUGAGCCCACACCAGGGACCUGAGACCUCUCCCCCGUGACAUCCCCCUGCCCACCUCCAGGCUGGGCAAAGAGAGCACUUCCAAAAGCUUUACUUCUCCUCAAACCUCCAUGGUCCACAGCCUUCAAAGGAGAGACAGUGACUCUCUUCUGUAAGGAUCACCAUUCUCUAGCCUGGGAAUACGUAUCUUGGUAUCACAAUGAAACUCCCUUGAGAAAACAAUCCGGAAAACUCCAAAUAAGCAAGUCUGGACAUUACAGAUGCAAGACCCAAAGAUCUUCCCUCAGCGACCCCGUGCAUGUGCAGUUUUUAUCUGGUGAGGAAGAAGGGGGUGGGUCUCUGAAAUCAAGCCCCUGGGCGGCACGUCUGGAGCCUGGGCGAAGGCAGGGAACCCAGACAGGGUUGCGAGCCCGCAUGUGGCUAUUCGGUGAGCUGAUGCCAGUGGGGAGAAUAAGGAGAUAGGCUGUGGAGGAUCGCGCAUUGUCCGUCUCCUCCAUCCAGAGAGGAGUCAGUAACCCAGAAGCCACCAGUCAAAAAGGGACUCGGGUCUGAAGAAAGGUAGGGUGUCAAAUUCCUCAGCUAACGACACUUAUGAGGAUGUCUCAAGGACCUGCUCUGAAAAUUCGUUCGCUGUCCUAGGACAAGGGAGAACUGGGUACUGGGGCCACAGGGAAAUGUUAGCGGAGGACGGUCACAGGUGCAUGCAGGGCUCUUUCUUCAUGGGUGGAAAUGAGCCUUUGCAGAAAGAAAUAGAUGGGAUAUGUCAUGUUCGUUCACUCUUUGCAGACUGGCUGGUCCUCCAGGCCUCACACCCUGCCUUUGAAAGAGAUAAAGUAGUUCUGAGAUGCCGAGGGAAAGAAGAAGAAGAUAUUAUGGAAAGGACUUACUACAAAAAUGAAGAAAAAAUUAGAAGUUCUUAUAACUCAGACAUCAUAGUAUAUCCAGCCUUCAACGAUGACAGCACAUAUCAUUGUACUGCUUCUGGGACAUAUAUUUUGGGGGGGUCAUGGACAGAAACUUCACGACCUUUAAAGAUCCAAGUUCAAGAGCUGUUUCCGAGUCCUGUGCUGACAGCCAGCCCCUCCUGGCCCAUUGAGGGGAGCCCCAUGACCCUGACAUGUGAGACCUGGCUCCCUCCACAGACAUCGCACACUAGACUUCAGUUCUGUUUCUUCAAAGAGCACCAGGCUCUGGGGGCUGGCUGGAGCAACUCCCCGGAGCUCCAGAUCCCCACCACGUGGAGUGAAGGCGCCGCCUCCUACUGGUGCCAAGCAAGGACGGUGAUUCCCAGGAUCCUGAAAACAAGCCCACGAUCCCAGAUACGUGUCCAUAGGGUCCCUGUGUCUGAUGUGAAUCUAGAGACGCAGCCCCCUGUGGGCCAGCUGAUUGAAGGAGAAGACCUCGUCCUUAUCUGCUCAGUAGCUGCGGGUACAGGGACUGUCACGUUCUCCUGGCACCGGGAGGGCUCGGAGAGGAGUUUGGGCAGGAAGACCCAGAACGCCCUGUCUGCAGAGCUGCGGAUAGCCUCCGUGAGGGAGCAGGAUGCCGGGAGGUACUACUGUGCGGCCGACAACAUGGAUGGCCCUGUCCUCAGUAAACGGAUCAGAAUCACACUGAGAGUUCCAGUCUCGCCUCCAGUCCUCACCAUCAGGAGGCCCAGAUCCCAGGCCGUGGAGGGGGACGUGGUGGAGCUUCACUGCGAGGCCCAGAGGGGCUCUCCCCCCAUCCUGUACCGGUUUUAUCAUGAGGACGUCCCCCUGGGGAGCAGCUCGGCCCCCUCUGGAGGAGAAGCAUCCCUCAACCUCUCUCUGACUGCAGAACAUUCUGGAAACUACUCCUGCGAGGCCAACAACAGCCUGGGAGUUCAGCGCAGUAAGAUGGUGUCCCUCAGCAUCACAGUUCCAGUGUCUCACCCUGUCCUCACCCUCAACCCUGAUGUGGCCCAGGCUAUGGUGGGAGAUGUGUUAGAACUUCGCUGUGAGGCCCAGAGGGGUUCUCCCCCGAUCUUAUACUGGUUUUAUCAUGAGGAUGUCAUCCUGGGGAACACCUCAGCCCCCUUUGGAGGGGGAGCAUCUUUUAACCUCUCUCUGACCACAGAACAUUCUGGAAACUACUCCUGUGGGGCUGACAAUGGCCUGGGGGCUCAGAGCAGCAAGAUGGUGUCACUUAACAUCACAGGGCUUUCCAAGAACAAAGUAACCCAUAUCACUGUGGGAGUCAUCGGGUGCUUGCUAAGCAUGCUUGGUCUUGCUGCUACGGCUGCUCUGGUGGGUCGCUUCAGAACCCAAAGGAAGUCAGGGGCAAUCCCAAGGAACAUCGGGAGCGUUCCUGGCCCAGACCCUCCAACACAGGCCCUCCACGGCCCACCCAGUCUGAGCCGGCCAGCCCUAAUGGAGCUACAGCCCUUGUACAGCAACGUCAGUCCUGGCGAUGACGACCUGGUUUAUUCCCAGAUCUGGAGCAGACAGCACAGAGAAGGAAGUCCAGCACAUUCACCAAGGACGCAUCAGAAGGGUGAGGUUUUCCACCAGGAACCUGCAAUCGUCUAUUCAGAGGUGAAGAGGGCAGACCCCGACGACCCUGCACGGCAGGACCGUGAGGAGGCCACAGAAGGCUAUGAGAAUGUCCCAUGCGCGUCGCUGGCCUUGGACCACUAGCCCCAUACCCAGAGCGGCCCCCAGAUGCCUUCUCCCCAUUCUCUGCAACCACUCACCUUCCAUCUGGGAGGCUGGGUGAAAGAUCCGUCCCACUCCUCCGUGCCUGAGUCUGGGUGUUCUGUGGGAACAGAGGGGCAGCAUUUCAGUAAAUGCUGCACGUGUUCACAGUAGAGACACACGUGAAGGCAGGGUGGUUGGGCCUUCACCUCCUGGGCCUGAGGAGCAGAGGAGGAAGGAGGGAUCGUCUAGCCAGGAUCACAAGGUCACAAUCAAUAGCCACGUGUUCCAAGCGUGAUCAAAAGCCUUCAAUGCACCAUCUCUGAAUAAACAGUUUGCUCCAAACACCUUGCUUCCUUUUUUAGGUAGACAGAUGGUAAGUGAUGAUGCUGAUGCUGAUAUUAAUGAAUAAGAUUCGGGGGCACCUGGGUGGCUGAGUCGGUUGAGUGUCCAACUUCAGCUCAGGUCAUGAUCUCACAGUCCAUGAGUUCAAGCCCCACGUCGGGCUUUGUGCUGACAGCUCAGACCCUGGAGCCUGCUUCAGCUUCUGUGUCUCCCUCUCUCUCUCUGC